AUGCAACUUCUUUCUACCUGGGACAAAUUUGUCCCUAACUACAAAUGUGACACCCAGAACAAGCCAGUAGCAGUCAUUGGAGGACCUAAUUCUGACGUGUGUUUCUUUAUGGCAAAUAUCCUGAGCAUAUAUAAAUUUCCACAGGAACGGCCUUUUUCUCUGUGUAAUGACAACUGCCGCCCAGGCUAUAGCAAGAAAAAGAAAGAAGGAAAACCAUUUUGCUGCUUUGAUUGUAUUCCUUGUCCAGAAGGAAAGAUUUCAAACCAGAGAAACGUAGAUGACUGCUUUCAAUGUCCAGAAGAUCAUUACCCAAACAAGAUCAGGGAUUUCUGCAUCCCCAAAUAUAUAAUUUUCCUUGGUUUUGAAGACCCAUUUGGAACAGGUUUGGCCAGCUCGGCUCUUUUCCUGUUUUGUGUGACUGUUGUGGUGCUUGGGAUCUUCCUCAAACACCGGGACACUCCCAUUGUCAAGGCCAAUAAUCGGACCCUCACCUACACCCUCCUCCUCUCCCUCCUGCUCUCCUUCCUUUGUGCUCUGUUGUUCAUUGGAAAGCCACAGAAGAUGACCUGUCUCCUUCGUCAGACAGCUUUCGGCAUCAUCUUCUCGGUGGCCAUUUCUUCUGUGUUGGCCAAAACGAUCACUGUGAUUCUUGCUUUCCAAACCACCAAGCCUGUGUCAUGCUUGAGGAAAUGGUUGGGGAAAAGAACAGCCACCUCCAUUAUUAUCUUCUGCUUUCUCAUUCAAGUCACAAUUUGUAUAGUGUGGCUGUCUACCUUUCCUCCAUUUCCAGAUUUUGGUGUGAUCUCAAUGGCUGAAGAAAUCAGUCUCGAAUGUAACGAAGGCUCUGUUUCCAUGUUUUACUGUGUUCUGGGUUUUAUGGGUUUCCUGUCUAUUUGCAGUUUCACUUCAGCAUUCUUUGCCAGAAAGUUGCCUGACAGUUUUAAUGAAGCCAAGUUCAUCACCAUCAGCAUGUUGGUCUUCUGCAGUGUGUGGAUUUCCUUUGUUCCAGCCUACCUUUCCAGCAAAGGCAAACAUAUGGUGGCUGUGGAGAUCUUCUCCAUCUUGGCUUCCAGUGCUGGGUUACUUGGAUUCAUAUUUUUCCCCAAGUGCUAUAUCAUUGUCAUGAGGCCUGAUAUGAACAUAAGGAAACAACUAAUAAAAAGAAAACAUUAAGCACAUGUCUGUUUCUGGGAUUAAUUUUAUUCACUAAGACUG